CACUGAACCAGUUAAUUUUUCUUCUCCUAGAACUGGUGUGCGAGCGCAGGUUUGGCCGCUUGGGAGUUGAAAAAUAUGGGGACGAGAGAGGUGUACGAACAGAAGCUGAGGAGUGGGAAUCUGCAUCAUGAUCCCACCAUGAAUCCAGGCCUUGGCACCCCUCGCUGCCCUCGCUGUCUCGCUCUCCUGGACCAUGAUUCGGACAAGGGUGAAUGGACCAUCACUUCUGUUCUUCAUGACGCCACUGCUGUUGCUGGCUCUGGUAUUGGUGGAAUGCUUAGUGCAGUUCAUGGCUUCAAUACAGGGAUCCCGUACCUACAGAAUCGAUUGAAGGGCCCAAAGUGGCUUCCUUUCUUAGUUGGGCUUCCUCCACUGCUACUGUUUUCGGGUGCCAGUGCUGCAUUUGGAGGUUAUGCACUUCCAAGGUUUACUCAACUCACUGUGACUUCCUAUUAUGCUACCUCAAGUGCCUCACACUAUGGGAUUUCACUUCUCACUCGGCAUAUUGAAGAAGCUCACAGUUCCCGCUCUCGGCAAGAAAGACUCAGAUGAUUUCUUGCAGGUGCACAUACUAAAGAUUCUACUACAAUUUUGUAAUUGAUGUUAUAUACAUGUAAUUCUAGGUUAUGGUUACAAUUGUUCUUUGAUUUACUAUUCUAGUGAGUAAAAAAUACUUUAUACAGAUGAUUUUACAUCAUUGACCGCAGUUUGGUUAUUUUGUUUGACGUGUACGAAGAUAAGGUAAAAAUUGAUUGGAAAAAUUGUCAUCA